UGCUUUGGCAUUGCACGAGCAAUCAAAUCAGUUCAAUUAAAGUCCAAACCAUUACUUUUUAUGUUGGUUUUAGUUUUAUUUACUUUAUAACAAAAUAAAAUAAGAAAAAUAUUCAAAUGUCACCUGAAGUCACAGAUGUUAAAAAGCUAAACAAACUACAGGCUCUCGAUUACGACUGUGAGGUACAGGAACAACAGGAUAUACCCCAGGCCAUACAAUUGCUGGGCGAAAUGAACAGUAAUGUGAAACAAGUAACAGACCUAGUCGAAGGUAUGCUGCAACGUGUUAAACGCGGCGAAUUGACCACAGAAUAUGGUUUGAGUUUUUUGGAAGUUAAAUAUCACAUGCUGCUCGACUACCUUAUCAAUUUGACCUAUGUGGUGUUGCGUAAAUGUUCCGGCGAAACAAUUGAAGGUGAUCCAUCCAUAGAACGUUUAAUAGAGAUACGCACAGUGCUGGAGAAAAUACGACCAAUUGAUUAUAAAUUGCGCUAUCAAAUAGAUAAAUUGGUGAAGACAGCCACAACGGGUGUAUCCUCGGCCUCGGAUCCUAUUUUGUAUAAGCCUAAUCCUGAAAACAUGUUAACUAAUGCUAAUGGAGGAGAGGAUGAUGAAGAUGAGGAUUCAGAGGACGAUUCUGAGGAGGAAGACGAUGAAGAUGAUGGGGAAAAGGGUGUUAAGAAACCUAAAAAGGCCGCCACAGCGGGCAAACCUGGUAUUUAUGUGCCGCCCAAGAUUAAGCCUGUCUAUUAUGAUGGCGACGACAAGGCUGAGGAUAAGGAAAAGAAAUUAAUAGAAAGAGCCAAAAAACGUGCCAUAACUUCAUCCAUGUUGCAAGAUUUGAAAGAAGAAUAUCUAGAUGCUCCCACUGAAAUCUCUUCGGGCUCCAGGGCCCAACAAAUAUUGUCCAAGGCUCAAAAGGAAAAACAAGAAUAUGAAGAAACCUACCUAACACGUCUGCCCAUAACCAAAGCAGAAAAACAUCGUCAACGUAAACUCACCACAUUGGGUACCUUGGGCGAUGAAAUUUUGGGUGAAAUUAACCGUGAUGCCUCCCUACGUGGUGACUCUUUAGGAGGCUCGAGCAAAAAACGCAAAGCCAAGGGUGGUAAGGGCAAAAAGAAAGCUGCCAAGAAACGUAAAUUCCAUUAAACCUUUUCUUUGCGUCCUAAACACCUAAUAUAACCCCCGGGAUAUUACCACUGAAACACAAAAUUCAUAUAAGAUUUUUUAAUGAUUAAUUCAUUUUAAAAGAAUUUUAAAAUGAAACCACAUAAAACCAAGAAAAAAAAUAAGAAACUUUUAAGACAACCAACAAAUAGCAGCAUAAUUCAGUAAAUAUUUCAGCAAAUUUUUAUUUUCAAUUUAAAAAAAAACAAACAGUUCUUGUAAAAACAUUUUUGAAAAUAGGGAUUUAAAGCUCUCAUGAAUGUUUAAAUUGGCAUAUAAAUAAGAUUUUUGAUAAAUUUUAAAAUGUUAAAGAAAAAUUGUUAACUUAGGUUUAGAAUAUAACAAAUAUUUAUCUUACUUUGAAGUUAUUAUUACCUCAAAGCCUUAAAGGUAUGCUAAACAUUUGUUGUAGCCUUAAAAUAUGCUAACAAUUUUUUUAUGUAAUGAUUUCUUUAAAAUCUUUUUUAAAAUGUAGCUUUCUUAUUAAUUUCAUGAGAGUUUUUAAAUUCUUUUAAAAAAUCCUUUAUUUUUUUUUUUUGGUUAAAUCCAUUUUUCCUUUUUUACUCGUCCCUACCAUUUGUUUUUAUUAAGUUUAAUCACCGUUUUUCCCUUUUUUAAUACGUUAUUUUUUCUAUUUUUUUUUUAAUAAACAUCAUUUCGUUUAAGUUUGUUUUUAUAUAUUUUAGUGAAUACAUUAUAAUUUUGUUUAAUAAAGGAAACCUAUUAAUUGAAAAUAA